GCAGGAGAUCUGACCUUGGCACCCAAAUUUAUCCGGCAUCGACUCCCAAUUACUCCGAAAAACUGGUUAAACUCAAAGAAUGUGCGGUGUUAUUGGACUAAUUUUAGCAGAUUCGGAGGGACAGGCGGCACCUGACAUCUGCGAAGGUCUCAACCUUCUCCAACAUCGUGGCCAAGAUGCAUGUGGUGUGGUGACCUGUGGAACGAAAGGACGAUUCUAUCAAUGCAAAGCAAACGGGAUGGUACGGGACGUACUCGAUGCUCAUAGUGUGGCAAGUUUGGUCGGCAGCAUGGGCGUGGGUCAUGUUCGGUACCCUACGGCCGGAAGUGCUGCACAUGCUGAGGCUCAACCCUUCUAUGUUAACUCUCCCUAUGGAAUCGUUUUGGCACAUAAUGGAAACCUCAUUAACACAUCGCAUCUACGAUACUAUCUUGAUCAUUACGCCCAUCGACACAUCAACACAGAUUCAGACUCAGAACUUCUCCUCAACAUCCUAGCUGACAAUCUACAAAAAACAGGAAAGUUCCGGAUUGAUGAAGAUGAUAUCUUUCGGGCGAUUUCGGGUUUGAUGAAACAUUGUCACGGUGCCUAUGCAUGUGUGGCCAUGCUAGCCGGCUUCGGUAUCAUCGCCUUCCGAGACCCUAAUGGUAUUCGUCCGCUGGGCUAUGGUCGUCGGAAAUCGAAUGUGAAUGAGCAACUCGGUAACUCGAGCGAGCGAUGGGAUUACAUGAUUAGCUCGGAGAGUGUAGCCUGCGAUGCCAAUGGUUUCUCGGACUGGGUAGAUGUCAAGCCAGGUGAAGCGCUGAUUAUUACCAGACACGGUGUCAAGACUCGUCAAGCAACCCAACAACGCUCGUUUGCACCCGAUAUCUUCGAAUACGUCUAUUUCGCUCGUCCCGAUAGUGUGAUCGAUGGAAUCAGUGUCUACCGAAGUCGGAUGGCCAUGGGUGAUGCCCUCGCCGUUGAAGCCCGACGUAUCCUUGCCGAAUGCAACAUCACUGUCGAUGUUAUCAUUCCGGUGCCUGACACGAGUCGAGUAGCAGCCCUGCAAUGUGCCCAAGGUCUCAAUAUUCCCUACAGGGAAGGGUUUGUCAAGAACCGUUAUGUCGGACGGACUUUUAUCAUGCCUGGCCAACAGACUAGACGCAAAAACGUUAGGCGCAAGCUCAACGCAAUGGCGAUGGAAUUUGAAGGCAAAACGGUGAUGCUUGUCGACGACUCAAUCGUGCGAGGAACCACAUCGAAAGAAAUUAUUCAGAUGGCCCGAGAUGCUGGUGCUAAGGCUGUCGUCAUGGCAUCAUGUGCCCCACCCAUCCGUUUCCCAAACGUAUUUGGUAUUGACAUGCCGUCGAGGAAAGAGCUUGUUGCUCACAAUCGAACUGAAGAUGAAAUCGCUCGUGAUAUCGGGGCCGACAAGGUAGUUUUCCAAACUCUGGAGCACCUUAUCCAAAGUUGUGCCGCAUUCAACCCGGAAAUCACCCAGUUCGAUUGCUCUGUCUUUAAUGGGCAAUACAUUACCGGUGGGGUGGAUGAAGAAUAUUUAGAAAAACUAGAAAACAAGCGAGGUGAUUUGAGGUCUAAGAAAGCCUGCCAACCGAUCACAGCCUCCAGCUCGUUCGUCUCAGAUUCCAUGCCUGGAAACAACUCAUCACUAUCUGCCAACGGCAAUCAUGGAACUACGCUCGUAUCAUCUGGCCCGAUGGAUUCGACAUCACUUAUACCGGCUGCUGAUGCGAUGGGCUUAACCAAUGAAAUACAAGCUCAAUUUAUUCAAAAUGACGUAUGUGUCGGUUUACCAAACAGUAGCAACCAUGCCACUGGUCCCAAAAGUACCCGAGGAAGCCGCGGGACAAGUAUAAGUGUCGACGAUACACCCCAGCAAGCAGCCAGUCCGAAUUCCUUCGAGCCCAAUCAGGCUGAGACUGACGCGUUUGAGAAACCAAUGAAGGACAGUCUGCGUAUUAAUGGUGCUCAUAAGGACGGUACUGUUGGCGGUAUGGUACACGACGACGGAGGACAUAAUGGCUACAUUCCCAGUACACCCAACCCGUCAUCCAUAAGCUGUAAAAUUCCAUGAUGCUCCCACUUUCCACUCGAUUAGACUCGCUUCUCUCACUUCUCAAACAAGCUGAAUUGGAAGCAACUUUUCUUUUUCCAUUUUUUGUUUCACUCCAUCUUGGGAUUUUGAGAUAUCAAUUGAACCUUCCCACUUCAUUCGCAAGUCAAAGAGGCAGAAUGUCAUAUCAUUGUCUAUGUUCUCUUCCAGAUGCAUGAUUAUAAGAGUGUCAAUAUAUGUCUAAAAAUCACAUCUUGACCCUUUCUUGGUCCCUCAAUAUUGGGCUUGGGCAUUUGCUUCUUUUUUUUCUGGAAUUCUUUCUGGUAUCUGCCUUUUUGAGUUCCAAAUACAUGCCAUCGUCAUCACCACCAUCAGCACUAUCAUCCUUCUCCUUCUGGCAAAGCAUCCUCAUUCAUUGCCUUCAAAAUGUCACCCACUUCCAGAAUGCACAUCCUCAUACCGCUUAAUUUCUUUCUCCUGUACAAAACCCAUUUUGGAAUCUUGUGCCUUCCUUUUUUCCAAGAAGUAUCUCAGAAUCAACAGCAGCAUCAUCAGUUUCACUUUUUCAUGUGGUUUGUCUUUGAUUACUUGUCUUCUUUCCUUGUUUGUGGUACAAGAGAAUUGAAUUGGAUUAUACCUGAAAGAUUCAUGUAGGCUGACCCAACCUUUUCUUUUGUUGACUGAGAGUUUCAUUUGGAAAGCAUUACAUUUGUCUUAGUGAAUGGUGAGUGUGUAUAAGUG